GUGAGGUUAUGUCUAUGUUACUUCAGUGUUCAGUGAAAGGAUCAUGAAAAAAAAUUAAAACACUGAACAACAUGGAAAAUUCGAAGGAAAACGAUGGAAACCAAGAAAAUAUCGAUGGACAAGUUAAAAAGACACCUAUGACAGAUGAAGAAAGGCUUGAACUGGCGAAGAAGUUAGAUGCGGACUUGGAUGAAUUCAUUGAUUCACUUCCAAAAAAUAAGUAUACUGAUGGUUGGCCUGAAGAUAGAUGGGAAGAAGAAAUGGAUAAACAUCCAUUCUUCAUGAAAGAACCACCAAAGCCUGGUCAAGAGGUGCAUCCCUUGUAUGAAGGACUCCAGAAGUUGAAAUACGAUCCAGAAGAGAAUGAGCCAGAAGAACUUGCUGAGAGCUAUAAGGUAGAUGGAAAUUUCAAUUUCAAACACAAAAACUAUAGGUUAGCUAUCCUAGCUUAUACUGAAGGAAUCAAAUUGAAAUGUGGCAAUCCUGAUAUUGAAUCAAAUCUGCUGAAUAACAGAGCAGCAUCUCAUUUCUUUCUGAAAAAUUACAGAUCAUCAUUAAAAGACUGUGAAUUAGCUUUGAAAAUCAAACCAGACUAUGAAAAGGUGCUAGUGAGGGCAGCAAAUUGUUGUUUUCAUAUGAAGCAGUAUAAAAAAGCUGUUGAUUUUUGUGACAUAAUCUUGGAUAAACAAAAAGAUGAUAGAGAUAUCUUGGAAUUACGAAAAAAAUGUGUAGGGGCUGAGAAACAGAAAGAAAGAGAUGAAAGAAGAACAGAAGUUGAAACAAAAAAGAAAGCAAGAGAAGAGAAGGCUCUUCUGGGAGAAAUUUUGAGUAGAGGAUAUCAUAUUGAUGGAUCAAAAGGAAAUCUUUCAAUAGAUAAAUUAGAACCACAUUUCCCUCAGCUAGUACACAAUAGAGUGUUUUUGGAUGAGUCAAACAGUUUAGUGUGGCCAGUUGUAUUUUUUUACCCAGAAUACAAAAUCAUGGACUAUAUCCAACAUUUUAGUGAACAUACCAAAUUUUUGGAACAACUAAACCAUGUUUUUGAAACAAAUCCUGAGUGGGAUACUCAGAAUGCAUAUAGAGCUAAUGAUUUGAGUGUCUACUAUGAAACUCCUAAGAAGAAAAUCAGGAAAAUUGAUCUUGAAAAAAGUCUAGGGGAUAUUUUGAAAUCAAAAGAGUAUGUUAUAUUUGGAGGUACACCUUCUUUCAUAAUUUUGGUCAAAAACAGCAGAACAGAAGAGCUAUUUUUGAAAGACUAUGAGAACUGAACUAAGAGAUUUCAAACAGAAUAUAGUGAGUAAUAUCAAAUUUUAUACCUGGCAAUCUACAAUAGGCAAUACAAUACACUGUGAUUUCCAAACAAUUGUUAAGUCAUUGCAUAGUCAAUAUAUUAUAUGUAUGCAAUGCUUGGAUACAUUUUCCAGCAGAUGUCUCAAUUUUACCUCAAUUCUAUCAACAAACAAAUCAGAAAAUGUCCAUCCCAUACCAUCACCAUCCCAUACAUUCAAGACUUUGUCAAACUGAUGAAUAAUUUUGUCAUAUUUCUCAUUCAUUAUAUUUUGUUCCUGCAUUUACCAAUAAGUUACCAAGGAAAUAGGAGUUCGAGAUGGUUUGACUGUUUGAGUAAUGUGUCACUCAGUAUAUGGCUGAGCCUCCUCAAAGAUUUUCCUUAAACUGAUAUCAUCUAUACUUUCUCAUUAAAAGGGCACCAAAAUACAUGGAUUUUGAUUUUAUUUCCUGUUUUUAGGUAAAUAUUUUUGAAUUGGCAACAGUGCUUGCCCACGCAUCACACGUUGAAGUCUGCAAAUCACGCGUAAAAUAUUCAACUUGGCAACAUCUAUAGGAGGCUAGACUCCUUCACAAUGCGCAACCCACGCGCGCA